AUGCAAGGAAAAAGUGGGGAGAUUUUGGACAAAAGUGAUUGGGCCGCCCUUGGAAAUGCCGACAGCCUCAAAGAUCCAGGGAAAGAUACCAAGAUGCCUCAUCACAUCCUCAAACGAAUUAAAGUCUUGAGGUUAAUCAAGGAGAUAAUUCAAGAAAUCAUGGAACAAGGAACUAGGAUUAUAAUCAACCAAGCAAAGGCUCUGCAUGAUGGUGUCUUGUGGGGCUGGUUAUGUGAGAAGCUUAACUGUUGGGAUUAUAAACGACUUGGACUAAGAGCGACAAGGGAGUACAACAUGUUUUCGGCACCUUGCUCUUCAGUUGCUAUAGUUCUUCCAGAAGCAUAUGCUCAAACUACGAGGGUCUUCUUCCAUGCAUGA